CCCCUGUCUGUGGUGAAGCCAUAGCGUGCCCUUGAAGGCAGACAUUACCAAUUAGUGUUUAGAAGAUCGCCCCCCAAAACAAAAAAAAGGUAUGAACGGAGGGCGAGUGCCGCUGGCGGAGAAAGCCUUGUCCGAAGGGUACGCCAGACUGAGGUACCGGGACACCUCUCUGCUUAUAUGGCAGCAACAGCAGCAGAAGCUGGAGACGGCUCCUCCGGGUACAUAUCUGAACCGCAGCCAGAGCACGUGGUAUUCGCAGUACGGGAACCAGGCCAUAUUAGUCCGGGACAAGAACACUCUGAGCGUUUCACGAGACACCGGACAAUCAAAAUUCUGCUCUGUAAUGUGAUCUGCCGUGUUAGAAGAUAUUUAAGCACUUUUGGUCACGCCAAGUUUGUGUUGCACUUAUGUUAUGGUACAUGUAUUGUCACAGUAUUACACGCUACAUUACUCUUAUGUUUUUUCCGCACG